AUCAUCGCAGUGGUCGCCCUUCAAGUGUACAUAGCUGAUGUCAAGACACUUGUUGCGGGGGCUGUCACCACUGCAUGCAAUGCCAUGGAGGCAGAAGAUGCCAUCGAUGGGGAACUCCAUGCAUCGCAGCGGCGCAGAGGACUUCGCAAAUGGCUUGCGACCGCUCAUCCUCUUGGUUAUGUUGAUAAGGCAUACGAACAUUUAGUGUCCUGCGUGCUUCCCAAAUCCACUGCCCACCACGAGGGAUUGCCAAAUCCAACCAAGGACAAACUCUCCAUCCAAGACUUCGCUCGCCUCAUUUGUGAGAUGUCUCGAGGGACCGACCCUGUCGCCAUCGCCGCUCCUCUCAUCUUCAAUGGGGGUUCAACUCCUGUCUUUCGCGUCGCUCUAACAUAUAUGCGCAAAUAUGCCCCGCAGGAUUCUACACGGUCUUCGGAGAGGUUCUUGCAGGAAGCAUUCAUCAUCGCCGCCAAUCAAUCUUCAUAUCAACAAUAUCCCCUGGCAUGGUGCAGCAGGACUGCGUGGCAGACGGCGUCGGAAGCCUGUCUUUGAUUCCUGGGUCAAUCUAGGGAAGGCCAUUGACUCACAAGCUAUUGAGCGUCGUCAUACCCAGUUGAGCAAUGCUGCGGCCGAUGCAUCUCGACGCGCCCAGGUCGCAGAUACAGGGCAGCUUGGUCUGCUGAGUUGAUCACCUUGCA